AUGGCGCCCGCAGCAAUGCUUCAACCCCCAUCCGUCGGAGCAGGCCGUCCGGCAAGCCCACCCAGACGAGGAUGGACCGAAGAGCGGCCUGAAAUACCCUCUAUACUGGUUGGACGUGGUCAGGAGAAUGCCUCGACAGCACGCCACAACCUCGAACAAGGCAUGGACUCCGAAAGGAAAUCGUCAGAUGAUACGCGGACCCGAGGCCGACAAAACUCCCUGAAACGGACGAAGAACAGCACAGACGUUUUACGGCAACGCUCAUUGAAAAGAGAUGGCAAAGGCGGUGUAGUGGACUCCAAUCCAGCCACAAGAGAAGGAAGGCAAUUCACCGUGGCAAACGUUGGAAACAAUGGCAAGAUUUACUUGAGACCCAUCACACGGACUCACCUUGAGUCUCCCAUGCCAUCCUCUGCUUAUCCAGUUGCAAGGCCUCCGAAGGGUUACGAACAUGAUACAGAUGUCGAGAGUUCAACAGGGAAGAAACACUGGUCAGAUACACAAGCGUCUCGAACACCAACACGCCCCCGCCGCACAAAUUCCAUUGAUCGUGGAACGCAGCGCUCCAAUUCCAUGUCCGUCCGAUCUGUCAAACUUUCUCGCAGCGGCUCGGUGUCAACGAUUGGUGCUGGCAAUAACUUAGAAAACGUCCAGGUCAACAUUGUGAUCAACCAAACAGACCCAGCACCUAGAUAUCCUGGAGAAAAAAUAAUGCCUUCACUGGAAGUGCCGAUACCCCAUUACAGGCUUGGGACGCCCAGAUUCAGUACUCGGGGGACGGCCUUUCUACACAGUCAAGUCUACUCCAGAGCUUCAACUGUUGAUGGCCAUGAGUCAUCUAUUAUUUCGGGACCAGAAUACGAUACCUUUUUCCCGGUGCCACCUGGCGUUGAGACUCACUCGUCGCUAUCUCGCAGACAUUCUCAGAAUGCUCCGCAACAGCAUAACGGUCAAAUGACACCUGCAGCGGCCCGGAUUCCGAUAACAACUGCCUCGCCAGUAUACCAUCGAGCGAGAGAACCCAUCAUACCAGCCAUAUACGACUCGAUCGCUGCCAACCCGGACGAUCCGGCCAUUGUUCGUUACGCUAUGAGCACUCGGGAAAUAUCGGCCGCGUCCCCAGCUCGGCUUAUAGCCCAGAUUACAUCAAAGAACUUUCUGGACUACGAGCUACUUUCAGACUUCUUUCUUACCGUUCGGGCUUACCUGUCAACCCACGACCUGCUGGACUACCUACUGACGAGAUUCGAGUGGGCAGUCAAUCGAUUCGAUGACGAUGGUCGAGUCAUUCGUGUACGAGCCUUUGCUGCCAUUCGUCACUGGGUCCUCAACUACUUUCCCUACGAUUUCGUUGUCGACCGCGACCUUCGUGUUAAGUUCUGCCAGCACCUCAACACGCUGACGCAUCAGGUUCGACUGCGGUCAUCUAAUGAGCCGAGUGACUUGAAGCUCAUCAUCGACCUGAAGAAAUGUUGGAACGGCCGCUGCGCCCUAUAUUGGGACAACCCGCUUGGAGACGUCGACGGUCGCAAUGACAUUGAUAUCAGUCCCGGCGGUAUCGUGGGCAGCCGCGACAGUCGACUCACUCAUCCGAGCGAGCUCUGGGCAAGGAUCGCAGAGUCUUCAUCCCAGCAAGUGGACCAAGCGAAAUCUGUGGCCGCACUCCACAACUGGGUCGACAGUGUUAUUGAAGCUGAAGAUCAGGGGAAAGCGAAGUCGGACCGUGGGGUAUCUGUGACAACCUCACGCAGUCUUCCAAUGUCUACUCCGUUGAGUGAGCAAAGCAUACAAGCAAUGUCUUGUUCUAUACCAGGAAAGACAAUGAAGGCGUUUGCGACUCAAUCGCAGCGUAACGUCGGUCCGCAUCCCAUACCUACCACCGUUCCACCAGCAAUUCGUCGAGUUGGCCCCGCAGCUCCGUCAGCACAAGCGAACGAAAAACCUCCUCAUUUGAAGCAAGGCCAUGAGCGAAGCGGAAGUUUCUCAGACGCUCUCAGGGACAAACGUACAUCCUUACCCUUGCAGCCGGAGCACUCGACUGAACAAGCUGUAAUGGCAUUUCCAUUCUCUGGUAGCCUCAUCCGCGGUAACGUCCUUCCGCCCGCUUCACCUUUCAUCGACAACCUAGCGCACCAAAAAUCAACCUCUAGCCUGCCAAAGCAUGCUAACUACGUUGAUGGGCUCGAUGGUAGCAAGGUGACAGUACGACCAAUGAGUCCAGGAGUCAAAAACCUGCUGGGGACUAUUCGUCGAGCUAUAGGCAGCAAACAGAACUCGAGCACACCGACCCCAACUCUAUUAUCAACCGCACCAUUCAUGGUCGAGAUGAAAGAUUCGACGUUACCUAUGCAUAUUGCGUACAAGAUUGAGGGUUUCGGUGAUCAACACCAUCAACUUGAGGCACUCAAGAAUAAUUCACGCAUAGAUCUGCUAUGCGCUGACAUCACAGAUAUGUUUGAGCGUGCAAUGACGCAGGAACCGAGGCAGAUGACGCGACCUCUCAGCAGCAUUGGUGUUGCUUCUGGCAACGAGCGCGAGCAGCCGUCACCCGACCCUCGUCAGCUAUCAGGCACACCUGAGAGAGAAGCUCUCCAAAGGGGUCACAGUGAGAUGACUAAUGGUAGCCAGUCUAUCGUCAUCGUGGAUGAUACGGCCAUGGAACCCCCAGUACCGAGUCUGCCUGAAGAGUUCCGGAACAUGCCAAGCGGCGAACCCUCACGCGAGUUCUCGCGUCCACCUUUCUCGAUGACCGAUCUCAAUACGCCACCUUUGCCUGCCGCUUUUGAGCCUCUUGUCACUACGCAGCCUCCCGAACGUGAAAUUCAGAAUGACGAUCAUACCGCAUCUUCUGUCUUGCUCCCUCCUUUCACUAUUCCUGCGUUACCAAGCUCUCCAACAGAACAUCGGAGCUCGCGUAUCUCGGAAUGUAUCAGCCGCGUUGGGCCUUCAGACCAACCCAGACCGUCGAUGGCCACGGGCAAAUCCUACGUAUCAUAUAGGUCCAGCCGUUCUGGACCCAAAUCGCUGAGAAAGUAUGCGUCAUAUCAAAGCGGCAUGAGAACAAGUGGGCCAGAUCGCAGCGUGGAAGCUACCACCGCUUCAGACUCGCCUCCGACAUCCUCAAAGGAACACUUCGAUCAGCCCGCAGGAAGAAUGCUUCGAAGGCGACCUGGUGGGGAUCUUCGCGCUAAUCAUAACGUGCAUGAGAUGGAGCCAAUACCUAGGCCUAAAUCGACAGGUUCAAUCACUACUUUCACAGACUCGAUGCAUAGCUCUGGGGCAUAUUUGAAGAGAACAGCAAAAAAUCCGCAACAGUCAUUGCCUGCCCCAGCGCAAAGUGCCCCAGUCGUUGCAGAAAAAGCUAUAUCGCUCAUGAGUAGUCGACCUUCUCAGCCAGAUCUACGGCCAUCAUUCGAAGCUGCAGUUGCCGAGUUUGCUCGUAUACCUGACGAUGAGGGAGGCGACCUUGAGGCUACUCUUGCAAAACUGGAAGGGAAGUUUAGAAAAAGCCCUGUGGGGUCUUCUGGAAAACCCUCCAAUACCGGUACAGCCACUAUGGUAAACAUGGGAGCAAAGGAGCAAUACGCUCAACAGUCUCGAAGCCCCAAGCCCCAAAAUAAAGAGCAUGAACUGCCCUGGGUAGACGCGAUGCUCACUCCGCCCGGAACAGCUACGAGCGCAGGACCUAGUGGCCAACCUCGCACAGCAGGUACAAGAAAUGAUCACAGGGAUACUAUGGCUCGAAGCCUCUAUGCAGAAUCCGAAGAAUCUUACAACUCCAUCCCCCUUCUUGAAAGGGGCCUCAACAAGAAGGCAAGACAGACUGCGCAGACAGGUUCUGACCAGUCCAAUGUCACUGUUCCUCGACCUCUGUUCAGCCCAAGUCAGCCCAAUGGCGGAUUCCCCAGAAACGAUCAAGCUGAGGAGUUAUCUCUUGCGGCUGACAACGAUGACGUAGGGAGCUAUGAAGCCUUCAGAAGAGGCAGGUAUCGAUCAUCGAUGCCAAGUUGUACAACUGAUUCUUUCCUACUUGACGAUGAUGAGUCUUUGAGCGAUCUGUCAUCGGAGCUUUCUGAUGAAUUUGAGGCGCCCAAUGAAGCAUUAGAGGAGGCUUAUGGAUCCUCGGCGCGCUUUAUGCAUGGUGGUAUGCUGCCACCUAAUGUCGGAUAUGCGCAGGGCUACCUGCCUUCGCCUCCAAUGACCACGGAGAAUGCGAUGGCUAUCACCUCAGAGACCAACCGCAUUCAAGAGCAGAGAAAGCCUCCUACGCCAGAACCCUCACCUGUCAGCAGGAUUACAGAGCCAGGAAAGAGUCGUUCACCGGGAGAGGUCGACGGAUCCGUCUUGCAGCCUUUUGCGAAUACCGUUCAUCAAUUCCCUCCAAGGCGACAUAUACCUUUCAUCCUAGCCUAUGAUGCGGCGAUACUUGCACAGCAGCUGACUAUCAUUGAAAGAGAUGGCCUCAAUGAAAUCAAUUGGCAAGAUCUAAUCGAUAUGCGCUGGCAGCACUCUUCUACUCAGACCUUGAACUGGGUGGAAUAUCUUCGCUACCAAGAUCCUACGGGCAUCGAGCUCGUCACUGCUCGCUUCAAUAUCAUCGUCAAGUGGACUCUGUCUGAGAUUGUACUGACGCAAAAUAUUGAGGAGCGCGCAUUAGCAAUCAUCAAAUACAUACAUAUUGCACAGCAUGCUAGGAAAUACCACAACUACGCUACUGUCCUGCAGAUUACCAUUGCUUUGACAUCUGUCGACUGUGCGCGUCUUACGAGGACGUGGGAUUUGGUGCCUGCGUCGGAGAAGGCCAUGCUGAAGGAGAUGGAGAUGCUGGCUACACCAAUCAAGAACUUCCACAAUCUGAGACAGGAUAUGGAGACGGCUAACCUUGAUGAAGGCUGCAUUCCUUUCGUCCCACUCUACAUCCACGACCUUACCUAUAACGCACAAAAACCAUCCGUCGUUGCUAGCACGCGCGACAGUGAGCCUUUGAUCAACUUUGAACGCUUCCGCACUGCAGCUACUAUCGUCAAGAGUCUCUUAAGACUCAUUGACGCGAGCGCAAAGUACGAUUUUCGUCCCGUUGAAGGGGCGUUGGAGAGGUGUCUGUGGAUGGCAAGUUUGAGUGAUGACAUGAUUAGGAUCAAGAGUAGGGACAUUGAGCCUUGA